AUGCUGCUUGACGAAUUUAUAACUUAUCUCAACCAUUGGUAUGUCAUAAUACCAUUGGCAUUCACCACCUACCACGUAUUCCACUACAUUUACUUGAAUCAACUUGCCAAAAAGUUUGGUGCAAAACCUAUAACAAAUGUACUCAGUGAUGGAUGGUUUGGUUUCAAAAACGGUACCCAGGCAAUAGCUCUCAAGAAUAAAGGCCAGGCAGUUGAGUGGGCACAAGAGAAAUACUAUGAAACCAAACACCCUGAGAUACCAACAUUCAAGGAAAGAAUAUUUGGUCUCUACUUGGUAUUCACAAAGGACCCGGAAAAUAUCAAGGCCAUGUUGGCAACGCAAUUUAGCGACUUUUCAUUGGGCCACAGAUUAGCCUACUUUGAUCCACUAUUAGGUAAGGGUAUAUUCACAUUGGACCAUGAAGGCUGGAAAGACUCACGUGCUAUGCUCAGACCACAAUUUGCAAGAGAACAGAUUGCUCAUGUCAAGUCCUUGGAACCACACAUUCAAUACUUGUUCAAACACAUUGAUAAAAAUCAAAACAUUCAAAGCAAGAACAAGAUUGAAAAUGCAGAUUAUGAAACCUCUAUAUCUGCCUCCUAUUUUGACAUUCAGGAAUUAUUUUUCAGAUUCACGGUUGACUCAGCAACCGAAUUCUUAUUUGGUGGCUCAGUAAGUUCAUUGCAAGACGAAACUAUUGGAUGUGAUACUAGAGAUAUUGACUUUGCUGGUAGAAGACAAUUUGCUGAUUGUUUCAACAAGGCGCAAAACUAUUUGGCCACAAGAAACUUGUUGCAAAAAUUAUAUUGGCUUGUUAAUCCAAAAGAAUUUAGAGAAUGUAACAAAGUUGUGCAUGAGUUCACCAACUAUUACGUCAACAAGGUAUUGAGUUACUCACCAGAAGAAUUGGAAAAGAUUAGUGAUGGAUACGUGUUUCUUUAUGAGUUGGCCAAGCAAACAAGAGACCCCAAUGUCCUUAGAGAUCAAUCAUUAAACAUUCUUCUUGCCGGUAGAGAUACCACUGCUGGUCUCUUGUCGUUUGUCAUUUUUGAAAUGGCCAAAAACCCUCAGAUGUGGACAAAAUUGCGCAACGAAAUACUUGAAAGAUUUGGCACCACAAAUCUCGAAGAUAUCACCUUUGAGAAUUUGAAGAAAUGUGAAUACCUCAAGGCCGUGCUCAAUGAAACUUUGAGACUUUACCCCUCUGUACCACGUAAUGCUAGAGUUGCAACAAGAAAUACUACAUUACCAAGAGGUGGCGGCCCUGAUGGAUUAUCUCCAAUUUUUAUUGCCAAGGGUUCAACAGUUGGUUAUAACAUCUCUGCAUGCCAAAGAGACGAGACACAUUAUGGUAAGGAUGUAGAUGAGUUUAGACCCGAAAGAUGGUUUGAGGAGUCUACUAGGAAACUCGGAUGGGCAUACUUGCCAUUUAAUGGUGGUCCAAGAAUAUGUUUGGGCCAGCAAUUUGCAUUGACUGAAGCAAGUUAUGUCAUUACAAGAAUUGCACAAACUUAUUCGAAAUUGGAAUUGAAACCAGGGUAUGGUUAUCCACCAAAGAGAAUGACACAUUUGACAAUGUGCUUGUUUGAUGGAUGUUGGGUGAAGAUGGAAAGAGCAUAG